AGUUAAUGAUUUCAUAAGUACAUCAGCUUAUUGGUUACAUGAAGGUCAAUGUUUAUUUUAUUACUUUUGUUAUGCACUACACAAAAUGGACCGACACAAAUUAUUAAAUGUAGAUCGUCAAAAUAACCACGGUACUUCUUAUAACGGCAAUAAUUGGAGUAUAAUCAGAGUGCUGUAUACCUUAAAAUGGACAUCGUGUUUAAUUGGUUUAGCUACAGGAUGUGUAGUAACAGUUAUUAUGACUCUGUCUCUGAUGCUUAUUAUAGCGCCAUAUUUGCAGUUUCAUAAUACAUUGGCUUCAUCAAAAGGAAAUGGUGAUGUAUGGAGUAGUUAUGGCGACUGGAAGUGGCAACCUUGUUCUGUUACCUGUGGACAUGGUAUACAAAAUGGAGAAAAGUCAAGAACGUGUCUUAGUGAAGAGUAUUGUGUAGGCAAUGAAACGGAAAGUAUGACAAGACCUUGUUCUAUUGGACACUGCAAAGUUGAUGGACAAUGGAGUGCUUGGAUUGUGGAUGGACCUUGCAGUGUUACAUGUGGUAAAGGCACACAGAGCAAGUUCAGGGAGUGUUCCAACCCAUAUCCUCAAAAUGGUGGAAAGUCUUGUACGGGUCAAAGAACUAUUCAAACAGAAUGUAAUGAACAAGAAUGUUGCCCCGGAAUAACAAAACCAGACAAUCUACAAUGUGAAAAUGGUUGGAUACGGAAUGAUGAUUUCAAUGCAUGCUAUUGCUUCAGUAAAAGACAUGCUUCAUGGGAUAACGCUCAGACGUUUUGUAGACAACAGAAGGCCACACUAUCAUCAGUAUAUUCUAAAGCUGAAUCUGACUGGUUGUCUCGUAAAAUACGUACUGAUAUCGGUAAGGAUGUAUGGAUCGGAGGUAAAAAGGUCAGAAAUGAAUAUAAAUGGAUUCUUUCAUCGGGAUAUGGCAGAAUGAAUUUUACAAACUGGGCUCCUAACGAACCAGUGAUGUAUCCGAGACAUAAAACUUAUAUUUGUGUACAAAUAUGGCAAAGUUCCUCAUAUAAAUGGGAUGAUUUUGACUGUGGUUAUAAACAACCAUUCGUCUGUAAAAAUAAUCUAUAAAAUAAACAAACAAAGGAUAUGAUUCGAAAACAAGACACUAUUUAGUGUCAUUUUUCUUCAUUCUUUUACAAUAAAAUUGAAUCAUUUUAAUCCUAGAUGGCU